UUGGUCACACUGUCAGAAUUGGCGAUUUUUUGUUAGUAAUUAUUAAUUUUACGCAAACGGAAAACACGAAAAGGAAGAGCCAAAAGCAUUGGGCGAACUCGAAGAGUCAAAGGAGGCGAAGCCUGAACUGCUGGGCAUCAGCCGGCAAACGAAAUCGAUUGCGAAAAGCUUUCAAUCCGGCAAAUUUCAUCACAACUUAUAAUUUCAUCACUGCACACGUGUCUGAAGCUUUGGGUGUCCAGUCCCCUAUAUAGCCAGUCCAGGCGAUUUCCGGACUGCUGUCUGGAACGCCCAUCUAUUACCGAGACACCCGGGAGGCCGACACCAAUCCGAGACAGGCUGAUCACAUCAAAGAGGCGAACGCAGGGGGAGGAGCAGGAGGAGGUGCUGCAGGAAAGUGGCGGCAGCGGCAGCAGUAUACUCUUCACAGCCAUGGACGAGUACUGGCAGCAGCUGACCAACGGUGGCGUUCGUGGAGGAGCAGCCACCAAUGGCCAUGGUCACGAGGCAGCGGGGCAAGCGUCUGGCAGCAACGCCAGCGGAGCUACUACCAGCAGCAACAGCAACAACAACUACGUGAACUUUAAUCAGUUCAUCCAACAGCACAACCUGGGCGGAGGAUCAUCGCCCACUGCCAGCGCGGGAACAAUGCAGCAUCCACUGAGCAGCGGAAAUAACACGAACUACAACAUCGGCGGCGGCGGAGGAGCCUUUGGUCUGAAUCCGCCAGUGGCUCAGCACGGGAAUUCCAACAGCUUUGGGCAUCUAUAUUCACAGCCCAUGUUUCCAUCGUACCAAAAUGGCGAUGGCGCCGCCUCCUUCUAUGACGAUACCUUUUCCAAUCUGUACACACCGUUCGGCAACAAUCCCUUUGAUUUUAGCUCUUCCAAGCUGCAGGCCUCGGCCCCCGAAUUUGUGCCCAAUCUGGCCAAGUUAAGUCUGAACGAAGAGCCGGCCACGACGCCAAACGGGAACAGGAAUAUCACUGCCAGCCAAGAAACUGCCAUUAGUGUGACGGGAACAAGGGCGCCACAACCGGGAGGAAACGGUGGAUCAGGAGGAGGCGAGCCCCACCAUCUUCGUUUAUCCGCCAACAAUUACGAAAGAGAUCGCGGCGACAGGGACUCGAGGCCGGGAAGCACCAGGCAGCAGCGUCGCUCCGACUACCGCGAUGACCGCGAGGAUCGAUAUGAGCGAAACGAUCGCAAGAAGCCCCAGAAGCAGCAGCGCUACGACAAUCAUAGAAGCAACAAACGAAGGGACGACUGGAAUCGCAACCGGGACCGCAUUAACGGCUUUCCUCGAGCUGCCGACGAGCUGGACACCAGCAACGAGAGUGCUCAGCCAUCGCCCGAAAAGCAGCAAACGACUCAGCAGCAGCAGCAAAUCUCCCCGCGGAGAGCUCCACCGCCUCCGCCGGCGGCGGAUAAUGAGAAGCUAUCGCAGCGGGAGAAACUUAUACGCGAUAUCGAGCAGCGGCGGCUGGAGUGUCUGGUGUGCGUGGAGGCGAUCAAGGCGCACCAGCCGACGUGGUCCUGCCAGAACUGCUACCACGUUCUCCACCUCAAGUGCACUAUUACGUGGGCGAGCAGCUCCAAGUCUGAUGUGGGCUGGCGGUGCCCCGCCUGUCAGAAUGUCCUCCAAGAGCUGCCGCGCGAGUAUCUCUGCUUUUGUGGAAAACUGAAGAACCCGCCGGUGUCUCGUACAGAAUUGGCGCACAGCUGCGGAGAGGUAUGUUGCCGGAUCGAGGGCUGUAGCCAUGCUUGCACACUUCUAUGCCAUCCGGGCCCCUGUCCGCCGUGCCAGGCCAAUGUGGUGCGCAGCUGUGGUUGCGGCCGCAGCUCCAAGACGAUGCAGUGCGCCAUGAAAGAGGAUCUCCUCUGCGGCGAGAUCUGUGACAAAGUGCUAAACUGUGCCGAGCAUCGGUGUCGCGCCGAGUGUCAUGCGGGCAAGUGUGCCGCUUGCUCGGAGCAGGUGGAGCAGCACUGUCACUGCGGCAAACAGGAGCGUCAGGUACAGUGUACGCGCGAGAACCAGGACAAGCGGAGCUACUCGUGCAAGGAGAGUUGCGGGAAGCCUCUGCCCUGCGGCAAUCACAAGUGCAAGGACUCGUGUCAUGCAGGCAGUUGUAGGCCUUGCAAACUCAGUCCCGAACAGAUAACCAGCUGCCCUUGCGGUAAGAUGCCCGUGCCGGCUGCCCAACGCUCGAGCUGCCUGGAUCCCAUACCAACCUGCGAGGGAAUCUGUUCGAGGACGCUGCGUUGUGGCAAGCCAGCUCAUCCCCAUCAAUGCGCCAGUAAGUGCCACCUGGGUCAGUGUCCGCCGUGCCCCAAGCAAACGGCCGUCAAGUGUCGCUGCGGCCACAUGGAUCAGAUGAUCAAGUGCCGCCAACUGUCCACGAGGGCGGAUGAUGCUCGCUGCAAGCGACGCUGCACCAAGAAGCGCAGCUGCGGCAAGCACAAGUGUAAUGCCGAGUGCUGCAUCGACAUCGAUCAUGCCUGCCCGCUGCCCUGCAACCGGACGCUGAGCUGCGGCAAGCACAAAUGCGAUCAGCCCUGCCAUCGAGGCAACUGUCCGCCCUGUUAUCGCAGCAGCUUCGAGGAGCUCUACUGCGAGUGUGGAGCCGAAGUGAUAUAUCCGCCGGUUCCGUGCGGCACGAAGAAGCCGCUUUGCAAGCGACCCUGCUCGCGAUCGCAUCCCUGCGAGCAUCCGCCGCAGCACAACUGCCACUCGGCGGCCACCUGUCCGCCCUGCAUGAUGUUCACCACCAAGUUCUGCCACGGUGGUCACGAGCAGCGCAAGACUAUUCCCUGCUCUCAGGCCAAUUUUAGCUGUGGUUUGGCGUGUGGCAAGCCCUUGCCCUGCGGCCGUCAUAAGUGCAUCAAGCCCUGCCACGAAGGCGCCUGUCAGAGUGCCGGUGAGGUGUGUCGUCAGAGCUGUACAAAGCCACGAACACUCUGUGGCCAUAAGUGUUCCGCUGCCUGUCAUGAGGGCGCCUGUCCUGAGACGCCGUGCAAGGAGCUGGUGGAGGUUCAGUGUGAAUGCGGCCACCGGAAGCAGAGUCGCAGCUGCCAGGAGCUGGCCAGGGAGCAUAGUCGCAUUGCCACCGCCCAGCUGGCCUCCUCCAUGGCGGAGAUGUCACGCGGCAAUUACAUGGAGCUAAGCGAAAUCCUGGCUCCGGCCAAGACCAGCAAAUCGAACCGAACUUUGGACUGCAACGAUGAGUGCCGCCUGCUGGAGCGUAAUCGUAGGUUAGCCUCUGCCCUGUCAUCGGGCAACCCGGACACAAAGCAAAAGUCACUGACCAAAUACUCGGAGUUUGUUCGGGGAUUUGCCAAGAGGAAUCCGGCUCUGACCAAGAGCGUGUACGAGACGUUGAGCGAUCUGGUGAAGCUGGCCAAGGAGAGCAAGCAGCGGUCGCGGAGCCACUCCUUCCCCACGAUGAACCGCGAGAAGAGGCAAUUGGUGCACGAGCUGUGCGAGAUAUUUGGCAUCGAGUCGGUCUCCUACGACAAGGAACCUAAUAGGAAUGUUGUGGCCACGGCCCACAAGGAGAGGUGCUGGCUGCCUGCCACAAGCAUCAUGGAGGUGCUGGCUCGUGAGUCUGGACAACGUCGAGUCCCGGUGCCCAGCAACAAUGCAUGGAGCUUGAAGAAAUAGUGAAAAUAAAUACUGUUUGAAGGAGGAAAGGGAGCGUAGAAUGAAAUAUUUGUUGAGCCUGAAACGGAGGCAAACCGAAAGAAAGCUCUAUGAGAGGACAAUACACUUACUAGCGAAGCCGAUAUUGCCGCCGUAUAUUUUGUAAAUUAUAACGCAAGUUAGCUAAAAUCUAGAAUGCAUAAAUAUGUUGAAUAUUGAAUGGAUACGCAUGAGCAGAGUUAUGGAGAAUCUUGUUAACCAAUUCUGUUUCAUAAUGAAUUUAUCAAAAAUCCAAAACCUGAGCCCAAAACAAAAUAAGAAAAUGUAUAACGGAGGGAAAAAAUAAAUAAAAAAGAGCAAAGGGAAAAUUUGAGU